AUGCUUUCUCAGAACACCCGUCAAAUCCCUUUUAACCAACUGGGACCCUCCGUCACUCAUGCGCCUGUCUUUCCUUACCUUCCCCCACCAGGUGCGAGGAUCACGGAAGCCACGAGCAUCACAGCAGACGAGCAUACGGCUCAUGGCGACCCAGGCGGCGCUGUUGGUGGAGGAGGAUUUCUUGGGAGCCGAUUGGGUGGCGGAGGGAUGGGGACAGGGGGGGUGGCGGGAGGAGGGUUGGGAGGGAGAUUGGGGAGAGAGCAGGCGGCAGGUGAAGUCGCAGGAGGUGUAGCAGUUGGAGUGGGGGGAGGUAAAGGGAGUGGAUUAAGAGGAGACACAGGGGCGGAGGCAGGGCGAGGAGCAGAGGAGGGGAGUGGGGUUGAGGUGGAGGAGGAGGAGGAGGAGGGGGACGGGGCUCACCACAGGGACCGAGGGUGGGAUGAUAGCAGAGGGCGGGAGGAGGGCGCAGGGCAGCAGGAGGGGGGUGGGCAGCAGGAGGGAGCAGGGAAGCAUGAGGGGCAAGGGCAACAUGACGGGCAAGGGCAACGUGAGGAGGGAGCAGGGGACGGGGCGGAGGGGGAAGACGUGGAGGAAGGGCAUGGAGAGGGGAAAUCGGAGGAGGAGAAGCAGAGGGAGCUGGAGCUGCUACAGGGGCUGCUUAAAGCGGAGAUGGACGCGCAGGGUGGGGGGAGAUGGAAGGGUGAGGGGAAGGAGGACCAUGGGGGGAAGGAGGGGAGUGAGGGGAAGGGGUGGCAUCAGAGUCGACAGGGAGGGCAGCAGUGGGUGGGGGCGGGGGAACUGCACGGGCAGAUGGUGGUGGGGCGCGUGGGGGGGGGGGAGUACAAUGAGUGGGAGGAGGAGGGGGUAGUGGCGCGCUCACAGGGCACGGAGGAAGGGGGAGGCGCAGGGGCUGCGAGGGAGAGAGGGAACGGCAGGGAGAUAGGGCGUGAGGAUGCAAGAGGGAAGGAGGGGGGGGAAGGAGAGGCGGGGAGUAAGGGCGAGAUUGAGAGUGGGAGUGAGCAUGAUGAGAUAGCUAUGCCUGCUGGUGCUGGUGGCGCUGCUGGCGCUGCUGGUGGCACCAACUCGCUGCACGAGGAAAGCACACAGCGAGGUGUGAAGCCAGAGGAGGGCAGAGAGGCAGUGCACCAAGGGAAGGAGGAAGGAGUGGAGGAAGAGGGACCAGACGGGGAAGCGGGUGGAGAAGAAGAGGAGGAGGGCACGUCGGUGGCAGUGGAGAGGGGCCAGUCGGACCAGCGCAAGCAGCUCAUGGAGCAGGAGGCUGCUAGACGUGGCGUGCCCUUGGCUGGCCACAGAGGAGCACCAGCAGAUGCAGGGCAUCUGGGAAACAGAGGGUUGGGAGGGGACGUGGGGCUGGUAGGGGGUGCGGGACGGGAACCAGACAAAUCCUUGAGUGUAGAGACACGAGCAGCAGCAGCAGAGGCCGGAGCAGCGACAGGGUCAAGAGGGGAAGGAACAGUAGUGAGUGAGAGGAUGGAACAGCUGGGGGGAAAGCAGGCUGUUACGGGCUGGGGUGGGUUGUCGAGAGGUGAGGGCCUGUCAAUGCGUGCUGCCCUGCCCAGGGAAGGGGCGCUGGCAGAGGCACGUGUGGGUGCAGGUGCUACUGGGGCAGGUGUGACUGGAGCAGGUGCGACUGUGGCGGGUGUAACUGGCGCAGGUGUGAUUGGGGCAGGUUUUGCUGGGGCGGGUGUGACAGCGAGGCAGCAAGAGACAGGCCGAACAGAGCAUGCGGAGACAAGACAGCAAGGCGUGUCUGGGUGGGCUGGUUUGUCCGUUAGUGGGGCAGGUUCAUCUGUAGGCGGGCGGGUGGACGAGGAGGAGGCGAGGAGGGCGGAGCUGCAGCAGCAUGGGCGGGCGCACUCGGUGGAGGAGGGCGAGAGGCAGCAGGUGCUGCACCAGGCGUACCGUCAGCAGCGGCUGCAGCGGCACCAGCAGUGGCAGCAGCAGCAGGACGAACAGCAGAGGUUUCUGCAGCAGCAGCAGCAGCAGCAACAGCAGCAGCAGCAGCCACUGGGGCAGCAGGGGCAUUGGGAGGGUAGUGGUGUUGGACUGGCCGGAGCAGGGGCAGGGGCAGGGGCAGGGGCAGGGGCAGGGGCAGGGGGGAGAGCAGGAAUAGGAGAAGGAGCAGGCACCCUUUCUGAAGGGGCAGGGGGGAUGGCAGCAGGUGUUGCUGCGGGACCGGCGAUCUCCCUGGCCCACCCAGAGGACUUCCUGGGCGAACCUGAGGAAACACCUGAAGAGGCCUUAGAGAGCGCUGCUAGGAAAGCCAAAGCCGCUGCUGCUGCUGCUGCUGCUGGUGCAGGAGGGGAGGGAGGCGUAGGGGGAGGAGGAGGGGAGGGGGAAGAAGACGGAGCAGGAGGUGGUGGAGAAGAGCUAUUCGUGAGAAUUCUCAAUACCGCGCGCGCUCCAUCAAGUGCUGCAGGUAGUCCCCACCACUACCGGCCUAUCCACACCGCAUCCCCCCCCCUCCCUCCCUCACAGCAAGCCCGGCAGCGCAACAGGGAGGUGCAUCUGGUGGGGCCGCGGGAGUGUGCAGCAGCAGCGGGCGGCCUGGGCGUGGCAUUCACUUUUGAGACGUCUCAAAAGGCAUUCAUGCGCUACGCCCUCUUCAACCAUCCCACCCCCCACCCUCCCCCCUCUCUCCACGCAAUCCCCCCGCCAUUCCCGCUCUUCUCACAUUCACAGCAAGCCCGGCAGCGCAACAGUCAAGUGCAUCUGGUGGGGCCGCGCGAGUGUGCAGCAGAAGCGGGCGCCAUGGGGGUGGCAUUCUCACGCUACGCUCUCUUCAACCAAACCAUCGCCGCCUUCCGCUCCUCCUUUGGCACUCCCCACGUCAUGAGUUCCUGCUCUCCCUCCGCAUGCUCUUCCUGCCCGCACCUGCUUCUCCUCUCUCCUAUCCCUCCUUUCCUCCCUCUCCCUCUUCUGCCGCACGCUCUGAUUUUCUGUCCGUAUCUGGAUCCUGCGUCUCUCCUUACAUGUCCCUCCCUCCUCCCUCCUCCCCUUCCCUUUUUUUACCCCAUUUCCCGCCUUUCCCCCCUCUAUCCCCCCCCCCCCUCCCUUUCCCGCCGUUCUCCCCCCCCAUGCACGUCAGGUGCGUUGGUGCGCUGGUUUGUGCUGCAUGCCUUCAUGACUCGCACCAACCUCUCCCACGCCCUCUACCUCUCCCCGGACGUCCUUCUCUUCGCCAACGCCACCGAAGCUAUCAACCAGCUGUACCUCCCCCACGAGCGCCACUUGCUCCUCCCCCAGCCCUUCCCCGGCACACGCUUCCCCCGCCGCACCACCCCCUCUCCACACACGCCCAUUGAGGCACACACAGCGGGUUGGUCCAGUGAAGGGCUGGCGGACUUCCUGAGAUUCGUGCGCGUGUUCGUGGCGCAAGGGGUGCUGGGCGGGGGUGAAGGGACACCUGCAGAGCGAUUGAAAAACCCGGACUACUCUGACGCCACCAUGCUCGGAUGGUACGCACGCCAUGCAUGCUGGUACGCCCCUGGGAAUGCGGAGGUCGCCCCUGCCUGUGCGGCAGAGCCGUGUUGUGGGAUCACCCGCGAUAGAGCUGCCAGGCUGGCUGGCCGCUUCACGCCUCGCCGUGAGACGGCUCGAUUGACGGUGACGCGCGCACAGAAGGGCGGCUCGACCGGCGGAGCGGGAGCGGGAGAGGCGGGCGGGGCGGCUUCCGUGGGGGCGGCAACGUCGUCGAGCGACUCGUUUCUGGGGAUGUGGAAGCGCGCGCAGGAGAAAGAGCGCGAGGCGGUUCGCGAGGCCGAGGCGCGGAAGCGCGCGGAGGAGCAAGGCGCGGCGCAAGCGGCGGGGGACGAGCAGGAGAAGGAGGCGGGGGAGAGCGCGGAUGUGGUGAAGAAGCGCGAGGCGCAGUUCCUUCAAAUGCUCGAGGUGCCCAAGGAGGUGCGGCAGGAGGCGGAGCGGAAGGCGGUGGUGGACCGCGCAGCCGCGGCGCUGGCGGCGGCGCAGGCGCUGCUGGUGGAGGCGGAGGAGCGCGCGCGAAAGGACAGGCAGGCGUCGCGCGGGCGGCGGCUGGCGGGCGCGGGGGACCAGGGGGCGACGAGCAGCGUCUGGGGCGGCAAGUCCUUGUCCGUAGUGAAAGAAAAGGGCGGGAAGAAGGGCGGGGAAGGAAAGGCGGCAGCAGGAGGAGCAGCAACGACAAAGGCAGCUCCAGCGGGCGGCACAGGUGGUGGUGGUGGUGCUGCAGGUGCAGCAGCAGCAGGAGGGUUAGGUGGCUUCUGGAAAGCCAUCCCUAGCCGAGCUAAGAAGUCAUCUUCUGGCUCUUCCUCCUCCUCAGCACCCGCAGCAGCACCAGCAGCAGCUGCCCCAGCACCCAAGCCAGCCUCCCCUGGUGCUGCGAAGCAGCCUUCCUCAGGCGCCUCCUCAGGUGUUUCUUCAGGUGGAUCCAGCAGUCCAGGGCCCAGCUUCUGGGAGUGGGCGCCCCCAUCCGACACUGGGGGAGCAGGUCUCCCGCAGCUGCAGCCAGCUGCCCCGAAACCUGCCCGUUCAGCUGCCCAGCGAGCUACAGUCACCAUCGCGGACCCCCAGCCACAGCUGCUAGAGGCCCUGCUGCUGCCGUUUGAAAGCGCCGUCGCGCCCACCAAACCCGCUAGCGCGGGCGAAGCUUCUACUACUGCUGGCGGUGGCACUGGUGCCACCAGUGGUGCCGGUGGUGCCGGUGGUGCCGGUGGUGCCGGUGGUGCAGCUGCUGCCGGUGCUGCUGCUGGUUCUGCUGCUGCUGCUGCAAGCCCUGCGGCUGUUGCUUCUGCAGCAGCGCUCGAUCUCGCCUCCGCCUCGCCUUUCCUCGCCUCUGACGUCAGCCUGCCGCCCCUGCAGUCCGCUCUUGAGGCCCAGCGCGGCAUCAAAGAGGCUCUCCAGGCCGUCUUUGCAGGCUCGGACGCCGCCGAACCUGCAGGCUCGGAAGCCGACGGGGCGACCGUGGCUGCAGACGGGUCGCGGUGGUGGAAGGAGUCGGGCACCGAGGUUCGGGAGGGCGGGGAGGUUUGCGAUUGGACGGUGGUUCGGGGGGUGAGCGCGGAUGGUUCGGUGGAGUGGGAGGAGAAGUGGUGGGAGGCGAGUGAUGAGUUUGAUUUCAAAGAGCUAGGAGCGGAGAAGUCCGGGAGGGAUGCGAAUGGGGCGGUGUGGAGGGAGACGUGGAGGGAGGCGACUUGGCAGGACUCUAAGACUGGGCUGAUGCAUAUUGAGAAGACGGCGGAUAAGUGGGGGCAGAACGGGGAGGGCGGCGAGUGGCAUGAGAAGUGGUGGGAGCAUUAUGAUGCGACGGGGCGGGCGGAGAAGUGGGCUGAUAAGUGGAGCAAGAUUGACAUGUACACGCCGCUGUAUGACGGGCACGCUCACACGUGGCAUGAGAGGUGGGGGGAGGAAUACGAUGGCAGGGGUGCUGCCUCGAAAUGGUGUGACAAGUGGGCAGAACGCUUCAAAGGUCAUGACGGGUACGGCAACCAGCUGUGGGCCAAGUGGGGCGACAAGUGGGACGAGAAAUUCAACCGAGACAAGACCGGAUACCGGCAGGGCGAGACCUGGUGGCAGGGGUCGGGAGGGGACGAUGCGCCGCGGUGGAACAAGGUGUGGAGUGAGGGGCAUGACGGGUCGGGAUGGGUGCAUAAGAAGGGCGGCGCGAGCAGUGGCGAGGGGUGGGAUGUGCGGGAGUGGAUGGACACGUGGUUUGACGCGUUCCCGCACUUUGGGUUCAAGCAGUGCUUGGAGAACUCGAGGAGGCUCAUGGAGGUGGGCCGGCGGCAGGGCAAGAAGCAGAAGUAG